AUGCGUCGCGUGGUAGUUACAGGUCUAGGUGCUGUGACACCUCUAGGUGUUGGUGUUCGGCAGACGUGGAAACGCUUGCUGGAUGGCCAUUGUGGUAUCGUGAAUGUGAAUCAUCGCGAUGAGCGCUUUGCGGAGCAGCCUUGUCAGAUUGCUGCUGUUGUGCCCCAGGGAAGCCGGGAAAAUGGCGGAUGGACUGCUUCGGAGUGGUUGAGUCGGGGUGAAGAGCGAAAAAUGGCCAUGUUUGCACAGUACGCCAUGGCGGCGACAGAAGAGGCCCUUGAAGAUGCGGGCUGGAAGCCGACUGAGUUUGAGCAGAGGGAAGCUACAGGAGUUUGUCUUGGAUCUGGAAUUGGCAACUUCGAUGAAAUGUACAACACGGUCGUCGCAUAUGAAAAGGGUGGAUAUAAAAAAGUGAACCCGCUUUUCGUGCCAAAGUUGUUGAUCAACCUUGGCGCUGGGCACAUUUCAAUGAGAUAUGGAUUUAUGGGACCAAAUCACGCCGCGACAACCGCUUGCACGACGGGUGCCCACUCAAUCGGCGAUGCUGCGAGGUUCAUUGCCUGCGGUGAUGCCGACUUGAUGGUUGCCGGUGGAGCCGAAUCGUGCAUCCAUCCUCUUGCCAUCGGUGGUUUUGCUCGUGCUCGGAGCCUAGCCACCGAUUUUAACGAUAAUCCGGAGGAGGCAUCCCGGCCAUUCGAUGCUGAUCGCAAAGGAUUUGUUGUCGGCGAAGGGGCCGGUGUGCUCAUUCUAGAGGAGCUGGAACACGCUCGUGCACGAGGUGCACGGAUCUAUGCUGAGCUUAGAGGAUAUGGCUGCUCGAGCGAUGCACACCAUAUGACCGCGCCAAAAGAAAAUGGCGAGGGUGCAUUCAUGGCAAUGAAGAAGGCUCUCAAGCAAGCCCAGUUGCCUCCCUCUGCAGUUGAUUAUGUCAAUGCACAUGCAACAUCGACCAUUGUCGGAGAUGCAGCUGAGAAUGCAGCCAUCAAGGCCCUUCUUUUAGGCCCAGAUGGCAAGCAAAAGGCAGAAGACGUGAACAUCAGCAGUACCAAGGGCGCUGUUGGUCAUCUUCUCGGCGGCGCUGGCGCCAUCGAAGCGGUAUUCAGCACUCUUGCUAUUCGAGAUAACGUCAUGCCGCCUACUAUAAACCUCAAUCGACUUGCUGAUGGAUUUGACUGCAACUAUGCUCCGAAACAUGCCCAGCCAAGGCAAAUCAAUGUGGCUUUGACGAACAGCUUUGGGUUUGGAGGGACCAAUAGCAGUCUGUGCUUUGCAAGACACAAAGAAUGA